AUGCAAGAGUAUGGAAAAACCAAAUCUCUGACAGAUGCCACCAGAAGACAGAUGAUCAACAUACUUGCUGCUGAGAUGACAGAAACACAUGGGACAUCCCCCCCCAAAAGUGUCAGAGUGAUGUAUGCACAGGGGAUAGUAGCUUUGUUUCCCUAUCUAGAAGACCCAUACUCACAACAUGGAUAUGAUCAUUACUACGAUCCGGAGAGUGGUUCCGGAUACCUUGCAUGGCGAUUGAAGACCAUACAAAGAAAAACAGCAGAGGAAAGAGGUGCCUCAGUCAGCAAAUCUCCUAAAGUUGGUGGGCCAGGCCGUGAUCGUCAGCCCUUCACCUAUGACAGAGAGCCAUCUGAUGAGGAUGUGGAAGCAGCUAUUGCUGUUUUGAGACACUCUGCUGAUGAAAACACUGUCCGUGAGAAGAUGAAAAUGACCUUCAUAUAUCGGCAAGCAAUGGUCAACGAUGAAGCCAAAUCAUCAGAUGUCUUCUCGGUCUUCCCAAGAUUUCUGGACACACCAGGACUGAUAGAACAAGAUUUCAGACUUCUGUUUGGUGAGGCCACAGCCAACAAAUUCUUGGAGAAGUGGCCAACCACUUUCAAAGCAAAAGUAAUAAAGGAAAGCCAUGGACUUGUAUCCACCACAGAACUCUUGGAUUUGAUGCGCAAUGCUGAGUCAGCUGCUGAAGUUGAGAAUGGCUGGGACAGUGACAUGUCUGCCAUCUUGCUGCUGCUACAUUUGCUACCACCAUCUGCACAAGGUAGAAAGAGGCCGGGAAAGAUGUCUGCAUAUCAAGCUGUAGAUCAGCUCAUCAGAUUUCAAAAGGUUGGAACCAGUGUGCAGCAGCAUCUUGACAACAUCACCCAAAGCAGUCAGCCCUACCUUCUCGCCCAGGGAUCCACACAGAGCAGCAUUCACUCCUACUUCAUUGUGGUUGACAAGCAUGCUCUUCCAUGCAAGGCAACAGGUUCAGUAGGAGCUUUUGACGAAGUCUUUAAAGCCCAUUACGUAUUUGGUACGUCAUACAGUUCUUCCUUGAGCAGCUUUUUCACUUUUGUGCAAACAACCAUCUAUAACAUCGACAUGGGGGGAAACAAAGGAGACUCCUAG